GGGGUUGGUGCCGGUCUGCGGCGGCGGGGGCCGCGGCCCGGCUGAGCUCGGCGUGGGCAGCAGCGGCUGCGGCAGGCCAGCGGGGGGCGGUGCGAAGGCUCCGGCCUGCGGAGCUGGGCCCUUCAGACAUUCUCCGUAGCCCUCAUUACGAAAGCCUGUCCCACAGGCGGUGGAGGCUCAAGGUGAUACCUAUUCAUGAUUCCUCACCUCUGCACAGUGCUUUACAGUUUAUCAUGUUUCUUCAUCCACGGAGUACCUGAUUUUCAUAACAACCCUGUGAGAGGAAUUGCAGCUGCAGCUGGCCCUAGCCAUGAGCCGUGAGGAGGCAGAGAAGAGGAUCUCUGGGAAAGUUUAGAAAAUGCUAGUGGUAAACCUAUAGCAGCUGUGAUGAAUACCUGGAGCAAACAAAUGGGAUUUCCCCUCAUUUAUGUGGAAGCUGAACAGGUAGAAGAUGACAGAUUAUUGAGGUUGUCCCAAAAGAAGUUCUGUGCCGGCGGAUCAUAUGUUGUUAAGUAAAUGGCUGUGAAGAUUGUCCCCAGUGGAUGGUCCCUAUCACAAUCUCUACUAGUGAAGACCCCAACCAGGCCAAACUAAAAAUUCUAAUGGACAGGCCAGAGAUGAAUGUGCUUUUGAAAAAUGUCAAACCAGACCAAUGGGUGAAGUUAAACUUAGGAACAGUUGGGUUUUAUCGGACCCAGUACAGCUCUGCCAUGCUGGAAAGUUUAUUACCAGGCAUUCGUGACCUUUCUCUGCCCUCUGUGGAUCGACUUGGAUUACAGAAUGACCUCUUCUCCUUGGCUCGAGCUGGAAUCAUUAGCACUGUAGAGGUUCUAAAAGUCAUGGAGGCUUUUGUGAAUGAGCCCGAGUAUACUGUAUGGAGCGACCUGAGCUGUAACCUGGGGAUUCUCUCAACUCUCUUGUCCCACACAGACUUCUAUGAGGAAAUCCAGGAGUUUGUGAAAGAUGUCUUUUCACCUAUAGGGGAGAGACUGGGCUGGGAUCCCAAACCUGGAGAAGGUCAUCUCGAUGCACUCCUGAGGGGCUUGGUUCUAGGAAAACUAGGAAAAGCAGGACAUAAGGCAACGUUAGAAGAAGCCCGUCGUCGGUUUAAGGACCACGUGGAAGGAAAACAGAUUCUCUCCGCUGAUCUGAGGAGUCCUGUCUAUCUGACUGUUUUGAAGCAUGGUGAUGGCACUACUUUAGACAUUAUGUUAAAACUUCAUAAACAAGCAGAUAUGCAAGAAGAGAAAAACCGAAUCGAAAGAGUCCUUGGCGCUACUCUCUUGCCUGACCUGAUUCAAAAAGUCCUCACGUUUGCACUUUCAGCAAAGGUACGUCCACAGGACACCGUAUCGGUAAUUGGUGGAGUAGCUGGAGGCAGCAAGCAUGGAAGGAAAGCUGCUUGGAAAUUCAUAAAGGACAACUGGGAAGAACUUUAUAACCGAUACCAGGGAGGAUUCUUAAUAUCCAGACUAAUAAAGCUAUCAGUUGAGGGAUUUGCAGUUGAUAAAAUGGCUGGAGAGGUUAAGCUCCGAGUGCAGUUCUCCACAGACUCGAGGGUACAGAAGACGUUUGAGAUCCUCUUGGACGAAAACAGUGAGGCUGAUAAGCGGGAAAAGGCUGCCAACAAUCUCAUUGUCCUAGGCCGUGAGGAAGCAGGGGCUGAGAAGAUCUUCCAGAACAAUGGAGUAGCCUUGCUACUGCAGCUUCUGGACACUAAGAAGCCUGAGCUGGUGCUGGCUGCAGUGCGGACCCUGUCGGGCAUGUGCAGUGGCCACCGAGCCAGGGCCACAGUAAUUCUACAUGCAAUGCGGAUAGACCGAAUCUGUAGCCUCAUGGCCGUGGAGAAUGAGGAGAUGUCUCUGGCUGUCUGCAACCUGCUCCAAGCCGUCAUUGACUCCCUGUCUGGGGAGGACAAGCGGGAGCAUCGAGGGAAGGAGGAGGCCCUGGUUCUAGGGUGUCUCCCAGAGCCUCAGCUGGUGUGGCCAGGCCCCAGGAGUAGGAUGGGGCUCCCCCUACGAGGGCCGGUGGCAGCCAGAACUGAUACAUCCCACCUGGUCUGGGGCCAGGACGCCAGGGCAGGAGUGUCUGGAGCCAUGGCUGGUGCCUCGGUGAAAGUGGCAGUGAGAGAUCGGCCCUUGAACGCCCGCGAGACCAGCCAGGAUGCCAAGUGUGUGGUCAGCAUGCAGGGCAACACCACCUCCAUCAUCAACCCUGAACAGAGCAAGGAUUCCCCCAAAAGCUUCACCCUUGACUACUCCUACUGGUCACACACUUCGGCAGAGGACCCCCAGUUUGCAUCUGAGCAGCAAGUGUGUCGGGACAUUGGAGAAGAGAUGCUGCUCCACGCCUCUGAAGGCUACGACGUGUGCGACUUUACCUACGGGCAGACCGGGGCUGGGAAAUCCUAUACCAAGAUGGGGCGGCAGGAGCCAGGGCAGCAGGGCAUCGUGCCCCAGCUCUGUGAGGACCUCUUCCCUCGCGUUAGUGAGAACCAGAGUGCUCAGCUAUCCUACUCUGUGGAGGUGAGCUAUAUGCAGAUCUGUUGUGAGCGGGUACGAGACCUCUUGAACCUCAAGAGUCGGGGUUCUCCGCGGGUCCAGGAGCACCCCAUCCUGGGCCCCUACGUGCAGGACGUGUCCAGAUUGGCUGUGACCUCCUACGCAGACAUUGCUGACCUCAUGGACUGUGGAAAUAAAGCACGGACUGUGGCUGCCACCAACAUGAAUGAGGCCAGCAGCCGUUCCCAUGCCGUCUUUACCACCGUCUUCACACAGCACUGCCAUGACCAGCCCAUGGGGCUAGACUCGGAGAAGGUCAGUCAGAUCAGUUUGGUGGACCUUGCUGGGAGUGAGCGAGCCGACUCCUCGGGCCGGGGCAUGUGCCUGAAGGAGGGAGCCAACAUCAAUAAGUCCCUGACUACACUAGGGAAGGUGAUCUCGGCCCUUGCAGAUAUGCAAUCAAAGAAGCGGAAGUCGGAUUUUAUCCCCUACAGGGACUCUGUGCUCACCUGGCUGCUCAAGGAAAAUUUGGGUGGGUGGGAACUCACAGCAAUGAUGGCAGCCCUGAGCCCUGCUGACAUCGAUUACGAGGAGACUCUCAGCACCCUCAGGUAUGCUGACUGCACCAAGCAGAUCCGCUGCAAUGCCAUCAUCAACGAGGACCCUAAUGCCCGGCUGAUUAGAGAGCUGCAGGAGGAAGUAGCCCGGCUGUGGGAACUGCUGAUGGCUCAGGGACGGUCAGCCUCUGCUCUGGAAGGCCUGAAGACAGAAGAAGGGAGCGUCAGAGGCGCCCUGCCAGCUGUGUCAUCUCCCCUGGCUCCAGUUUCACCCUCAUCACCCACCACACAUCAUGGGGAGCUGGAGCCAUCAUUCUCCCCCAACACGGAGCCCCAGAUUGGGCCUGAGGAAGCCAUGGAGAGGCUGCAGGAGACGGAGAAGAUUAUAGCUGAGCUGAAAGAGACGUGGGAGGAGAAGCUACGCAAGACAGAAGCCCUGAGGAUGGAGAGAGAAGCAUUGCUGGCUGAGAUGGGGGUGGCCGUCCGGGAGGAUGGGGGAACUGUGGACGUCUUCUCUCCAAAGAAGACUCCCCACCUGGUGAACCUGAACGAAGACCCUCUGAUGUCUGAGUGUCUGCUCUACCACAUCAAAGAUGGCGUCACCAGGGAGCAUGUACCCAGCGGCCUGGGGGGGGCAGCCUCUGCUUUUGGGGUGUGGCUGCCAAGGGUUGGCCACAUUGGCGUCUCCCUUCCCUGGUGGUCCCUGGAGAUACCUCAGAUCUCUAAACAGCUGCCUCCACAGCCCUGCAUGCUCUUCUAGCUUCAAGAGAAGUUGACCCCACACUGUGUCCUACCUUUGUGCCUUUCCUCUUCCUGGAAGA